CUUCCUCAUUUCUUGCUAACUUAUCUUCUUCUUCUCCAACUUGAUUCAUCCAUUAUUAAACAGUGGAGAGCACCAGAAUCAAAAAUCAACAAGUAGAAAUUCUUUUCAAUUUCUUGUUCAUUUUGAAUACAAUGGCAUUACUAAAUAUCCCAAUAUCCACAUCACUCAUUCACAACAACAACCAUUCUCCUUUUCUAUUUUCUUCAUCCACCUCUUCUUCCUCAUCCUCAAUCGUUCCACAUACUUUUUCGGGGUUCAAGAUUAAUCCCACGGCAUCAGUCAAGCGAAAUUUCUUUGUUUGCUCAUCUUCUUCAAUGAAAGAAAAAUGCCAAGUGAUGAUGACAACAGAGGAUGAGAAUGAGGAACAAGUAGGAAAAGAAGAAGAAACGGAAUUGAUUAAUAAAGAAACAUUGUUGUACUCAUUUUCUCCCCUCCCUUUAGUUUUUCUGGCGGCUCUUCCCGGAGCUUCCGCAUUAAGAAGCUUAAUUGGACCGUUCGGUGAGUUAGUCCAGUCAUGGAAUCUUCCUGGUUGGCUUGUGCACUGGGGUCACCCUGGAAACAUGGCUGUUGUGUUAUUUGCAAUGGGUGGUUAUGGAACGUAUUUAGGAUUCAGAAUUAAGUACUCUGAUGAUGUGGAGGAGAAGGCCAAUGCCAAAGACUUGCAUCCAAAGCUUUUAGGUGGAAUGUUUUUCUUCUUUGCACUUGGAGCAACUGGUGGAAUAACUUCUCUUGUCACUUCUAAUAAACCUAUUCUUGAGAGUCCCCAUGCCGUCACAGCGUUCAUCGGUCUAGGUCUUUUAAGCCUUCAAGCCCUUUUGCCUACGCUAUUUGAUGAGGGUGCCAAUUCAGGAUUAAGAAAUGUUCAUGCGAUAUUAGGAAGUGGGAUCAUGGCGUUAUUUCUUAUACACGCAGCACUUGGUCUUCAACUAGGCCUUAGUUACUAAUCUUACGCUGCUUCAUUUUGUCUUUCCGAGUCUCGAAAUUAUGAGCUUUAUCUAGUGGUGUCAAGUCUGUAGCUCUACUUAUUCAAUAACUUCUCUGUAAUCAUGAAUCUUGGUGCGAAAUGGUUUUUGUUUUUGAGUUGCAUUUCAAUUCACAGUGUAUACGAAUUUGUAUUGGUAUAAAAUUUUGGCCAUG